UAUCAUUUAUUCAAUAUUUAAAUAUCUGUUAGAAGUACUUACAAGUUUUUAUCUUUCAUACAUAUCAUCAAGCCUGUUUCCAUUUGCUACCACAUACUAACAAUCACGUCUAUAUACCUUGCGAGGUAGACAGAUCAAAGAGCUUCGAAAAUAUUGAAAGCCCACGUUUAGCUUAAUAAUGGUAUUGAGAUUCAAAUAAUUACAGGUUGCUAGCACUCUAUUGCAAGAAGCAUCUCAAGUUUGUGAGCCACUAGAGGCCGCCCGCGACUUCGUCCGCAUGGAAAACCUAUCAAUCCCACGGGAACGCUGAGAUAAAAUUCUGAGCCUAUGAGUUAUUCUGGGUCUUCAGCUACCCACAUACCAAAUUUCAUUGUAAUCGGUUCAGUAGUUUUUGCGUGAAAGAGUAACAAACAUCCAUACAGACAUCCUGACAUACAAACUUUUGCAUUUAUAAUAUUAGUAGGAUUUCCUGAGACGCCUUUUACGACAAACCAAAACAAAUAUACAUACAUACAUACAUAAAAUCACGCCUCUUUCCCGGAGGGGUAGGCAGAGACUACCUCUUUCCACUUGUCACGAUCUCUGCAUACUUCCUUCGCUUCAUCCACAUUCAUAACUCUCUACAUGCAAGCUCGGCGGUUUCGGGUACUAUUGACCUGACCCUUAUAAAAAAAUGUAUGUAAUAAAAUCACAAAUAUAAUCAUCUCGUCAAUUCACUAAAGACAUUCGCCUUAACACCGGUGGCGCAACUCCAACGUCGUUCAGCUAAUAUGUAAUAAAUAUUCAUAGUCAUAAGUAGCUUCAGCCCUAUCGAACGUUUACUACUUACCCACUUUAUUUAGACCCCUCCACGUUCACAUGCCCGCAUGUGUCGAAAAGCUCAGUCUGAACUGGCCGUCUAUACAUUACCCAGAAAGGGGAUUUCGAUACACAUUAUACGAUAUUUCAAUACCGUAUUUAUAUUUCCUAUGGGAGUUGCUCCAAAUCUGAGGAUGGAUGUGUUACGCUACGUUUUUGAAGAUUCCCAGAUGACGACGAAGAAGUUUUCGGAAGAGCCCGAGUUCGAGAGGCCGAUUGGAAACCACACAUUCUUCCUCGGAAGGGAAGCCGUUUUGGGCUGUGCUGUCACAAACCUCGGGAAACAUAAAGUCGGAUGGCUAAGAGCGGAAGACCAGACAGUACUGACGAUGCACGAGCGAGCCGUCCUUCCAGCUAGGUACUCCGUGAACCUGGACGCUCCUAUGACCUGGCAGUUGAGGAUCCGCCCUUUGAGAGCUGAAGACAGAGGGUGCUACAUGUGCCAGAUCAACACCCAGCCCAGCAUGAAGUGGCAGAUUGGCUGCAUUGAUGUUUAUGUGCCUCCGGACAUCAUCAGCGAUGACACAUCAUCAGAUGUCUCCGUCCAGGAGUUGGAGAACGCCACUCUGACUUGUAAAGCGACGGGUCAUCCACCUCCAAAGAUCACUUGGAGGAGAGAGGACCAUGAGCCGAUUCUGCUGAAGAAAUUACAAUCCAGAGAGUUUGAAAAAGUGGAAAGCUACGUGGGCAGUUCUCUGCCAUUAUGGAGGGUGGAUCGCAGACAGAUGGGCGCGUUCCUCUGCAUCGCGUCCAAUGAUGUACCUCCCGCCGUCAGCAAGAGAAUCAUCCUGCUUGUAAAUUUCGCUCCAACAGUGAAAGUGCCAAAUCAGCUGCUGGGUGCUCCCCUGGGCACCGACGUCAAACUCAAGUGCUACGUGGAAGCUUACCCCAACACCAUCAACUACUGGAUCAAGAAUAGAGGAGAGAUGUUGCUUGAUGGGCCAAAAUACACAAUACGUGAGGAUAAAUCAUCAUACAAAGUGUCUAUGUGGCUGACUAUCAGGCAGUUCUCCAAAAUUGACAUUGGAACUUACAACUGCGUCAGCACAAACUCUCUGGGCAAGAGUGAAGGCACCCUUAGGUUAUACGAAAUAAAACUGAAUUCUUACACGGAGGACUUCAGCAAUCAAAUCAGUGUCGCUGGAGGUCUCACAGAAGCGGCUAAAGGAAACUCCUGUACUAAAACUCUAUUAGAAAGGACGUUGUUAUCAUUACUGAUCUGUUAUGUACUAUUCACGUAGAGUGUUAUGUAAAUAUUGUUAAGACAUGCUUUAAACGAAACGUAAUUCAAUUACAAGUUUCAAUUCGUGUAAAUAUCUAUUGUUAAGUGUAAUGAAAGUUGUUAGAGGUGGCAGAGUGAUUAAGGCAUCAGAAUAGUCUCAAACCAUAACGAAUGGUUUAAAUCUUGUUGUAGCAAUGAUUAGCCAGAUUCUUCUAUACACUGGUUUGGUUUGGGGGUAACGAAAAUGAAAGUAAUUUCAUGUAAUUAUCUUACAUUCACACAAAAGGAUUUUGGGUUUGAGCUAUCCUGUCCCCAGAGAGGACGCAAUCAGACCUAAUCCUUGGAUAAUGAUUAUGCUGGUGUUUUUCUUUUGGUACAAUUAACUUUAACAAAAAAACCUGAAUUACUCAUUACUGUCUUGGUCUCUGCUCUUUAGUGAAAAGGUUUGUCUAUAAACACGAUUUUGGAUAAGACAAAGUCUAAAUAUCUACCUAACAUGCAGGUUUCCUGACGAUGUUGUACUUUGGCGUAAGAUAGAAAUUAUGUACCAGAAAUAGGUUGUAAAUAUUAACACUAACCUUAUUUUAAAAGUAUUAUUCUGCCAUCUCUUAAAGAUUGUAUUAAGAAAUCCAUAACAACGACAAAUUAUAUUCAAUAAACUAGAUGGUGUAACAGUUUGCUUAGAACCGCCAAAUGAAGAAUCGUUUGUAUCCG